GGUGCCUAGGCACGGCCUUCGGGACGUCCCUGGAGGCCAUGCUCCCGUUCCGCUUCCUGGGCGGCGCGGGCGGCGCUCUGGCCUUGGCCGGGUCCGCGGCGUACCUCGCAGAACUGACCAGCAAGCGGCACGUGCUGCCCUUCCGCGGCGCCAUCAUGGGUGCCCAGGGCGGCCUCGUUGCCGCGGCGUACGUCGUCGGUCCAGCGCUCGGCGGCCUCCUCACGGAGGCCUGCGGCGCCCAGACGGCCUACGGCAUUGUCGCCGGGCUCGUCGCGGCGCUCAGGGGGCGCCGAAAAGGGGUCGUCGUCGUUGUCGUCGUCGAUGUCGUUGUCGUCGUCGUCGUCGUCGUCCUCGAUGUCGUCGUCGUCGUUGUCGUCGUC